UUAUGCACAUCAGGUAGAACUUUAUUAUGACAGAUACUAGAAAUGUACAAAGUGAAGUUAAAAGGUAACUCCUAGCAGCACAUCUUACUCCCUGGAUUCUCUAAUGAGAUGGGUGUUUCUACUUUGCUGUUGCCUUUUUGAAUAGUUCAAUUCUCACAUUAGUACUGCUGUGUGGGAGGGAGUAUGUGUGAACAGAGUAAGAGUUGUGACAAUCAAGUCAUAGAAUAAAUGCUUGGAAAUUUUAGAAUCAUGUAAACAGCUUAUGGAUUGAGUAUAGAUUCCCAGUGCUGUCAGUCUCACCCGUCCUACUAUCCACAUAUGUGGAAUGUUCUAGGACUCCAUGGCUUUUGAGGAUGUGGCUGUGAACUUUACCCAGGAGGAAUGGGCUUUGGUAGAUUCUUCUCAGAAGAAUCUCUGCAGAGAAGUGAUGCAGGAAACCUGCAGGAACCUGGCUUCUGUAGAAAUCAUGUGGUACAGAGACUGUGUGAAAGCAAAGAAGGUAGACAGUAUGGACAAGUAGUCAGCCAAAUUCCAAAUCUUGAUCUGAAUGAGAACAUUUCUACUGGAUUAAAACAAUGUGAAAGCAGUGUUUGUGGAAAAGUCUUUGUACAUCAUUCCCUCCUUAAUAGGCACAUCCUGGCUCACUCAGGAUACAAACCAUAUGGAGAGAAGCAAUAUAAAUGUGAACAAUGUGGGAAAUUCUUCGUUUCUGUUCCAGGUGUUAGAAGACACAUGAUAAUGUACAGUGGAAAUCCAGUUAUAAAUAUACGAUAUGUGGGAAAGUGUUUUAUUUUCUCAAUUCAUUUGAAAGACAUCAGAUCCGGGAAAGAAAGACAUCAGAGAACUCACACAGGAGAAAAACCCUAUAAAUAUAAACAAUGUGGUAAAGCGUUCACUGUUUCCGGUUGUUGUCUAAUACAUGAACGAACUCACACUGGAGAGAAACCCUAGGAAUGUAAGGAAUGUGGGAAAACAUUUAGAUUUUCUUGUUGUUUUAAGAUGCGUGAAAGGACUCACACUAGAGAAAGAUCCGAUACAUGUACCAAAUGUGAUAAAGCCUUCAGCUGUCCCACUUCCCUUCGUAACCAUGGAAGCAUUCAUACUGGAGAGAGACCCUAUGAAUGUAAACAAUGUGGCGAAGCCUUUAGUCAUUUGAGUUCCCUUUGUAACCAUAGAAGUACUCAUACUGGAGAGAAAGCCUAUGAAUGUAAACAAUGUGACCAAGCCUUCAGUCGUCUCAGUUCCCCUCACCUCCACGAAAGAAUUCAUACUGGAGAAAAACCCUAUGAAUGUAAGAGAUGCGGUAAAGACUACGCUCGUUCCAGUCAUCUUACUCGCCAUGAAAGAAGUCAUGAUAUAGAGGCUGGGUAUAGUGACUCGGCCUAUAAUCCCAGCACUUUGGGAGGCCAAGGUGUGUGUAUUGCUUGAGCCCAGGAGUUCAUAACCAG